CAGCAGUUGUGUUUGCUGAACUCGUGCUGAGCCUCGCAGCCUCACCCACUACAACAAUGACUGUGAACAAGCAUGUCCGGCUGGUUUGAAGUUUACUUCAGUGAAACUGCCCGAAAUAUUCUCUACAUGUGCUCAUAGGAGGUUUCAGAAGCACUGUGUCAAAUGGAGCUGGAGGACCAAUGGUGGAAAGGACAGCUGGCUGCAGACAUCUACCAGGCGCUGCGGUACAAAGAGCUCAAGUUGCCUUCCUUCAAAGGCCAGUCUCCUCAGCUCAACUUGAGGCGGUACUUCGCAGACCUCAUAGCCAUCGUCAGCAACCGCUUCAGGCUGUGUCCUGCGGCCCGACACCUGGCCGUCUACCUGCUGGACCUCUUCAUGGACCGCUAUGAUGUCACGGUGCAGCAGCUUCACAUGGUCUCACUCUCAUGUCUCCUUCUGGCCAGUAAAUUUGAGGAAAGGGAGGACCGGGUGCCCAAGCUGGAGACCCUGAACAGCCUGGCCUGCAUGAUUUCCAUGAACCUGGUGCUGACCAAGCAGGGUCUACUUCACAUGGAGCUGCUGCUGCUGGAAACCUUCCAGUGGAACCUGUACAUCCCCACAGCCGCUCAUUUCAUAGAGUACUACCUGUCUAUGGCUGUCCAAGAGGGGGACCUCCAUGAUGGCUGGCCUAUGACGAGCUUCGAGAAGACCAAACUAUACAUGGCCAAGUAUGCUGAUUACUUCCUGGAGGUUUCCUUGCAAGAUCAUCAGUUCUUGUGUUUCUCCCCCUCGCUGGUGUCUGCUGCGUGUGUGGCUACCUCCCGCCUCAUCCUCCACCUGUCCCCCACAUGGCCCCCCCGACUGGUGAGCCUCACAGGCUACACCUGGGACAACCUGGUCCUAUGUGCUGAGAAACUACUCAUUGCUCAUGACAGUGACGUCAAAGAGGCCAACAAGCAGAAGCUCCAGCAGCCCGGCCCCCCCCCCCAGCAGCAGGGCCAGACGGUGUACCACGGUUCAGGCCAGACAACCUCCGUGGCCCAGUACCUUCACCGGUCCAGCGUGCAGUACCCCCCCCAGCAGGCUCAGCCCCCGGGCCUGGCCCCCCCCCCUAGGCCUGCCUCCUACCUCAGCCACUCUGCUGCCGGCCUCCAGGCCCCCAACCCCAGCACCCAGCCCAUCACUGCUGCCUCCCAGGAACCAAAGUCCGGCUUCCCCAACAGGGCUUACCAAGUCAACAUGCAUUACACCUGCGCUGCUCCGUGCUUUGACAGAUGAGGGCUUUUCAGGAUUUUUUGGGGGGAAGGGAAGAUGUGUUUCUCUUGAACAUAACACAAUACGUUUAAUGAUUAAAAAAAGGUGUUUUUAAUUUGGAGAGUCUUGAUGAGAUUGGUACAGCACUUUGAACCAUAGGGUGUAAGAUCAUGUGCAAUAUGCACACUCUGCUGUGAUAUUAUGUGGAGAGCCUGCAAUAGGAAUUAUUUUUGUUUAGAUAUUGGGUAUGAAUGUUGUUGUCAGGUGGCUAGAGGCAGAGUUUGUACCACUAGUGUCACUGUAUUAUUAAGCUAGAGACCAAAAGUCUUGUAUUUAUUUGAGCCAAAAUACCUCAGAAGUAUUGAAUGUACAUGCACCCGGUGCCUGUUGCCUUUAAGUUAUUAAGGGCACUUUCCAAAAGGGACUUGCGUGGCUUUUUGGUUGAGAUUAGAGAGCACAGUUUGUGUUGGUGUUACCUUGAACUUUUUUCUUUUUUUCUAUGUUUCAUUUGUAACUGACAAAAAAAACGUAUGAAAAAAAAAUACUCCUCGAAGUCACAAUUUAUUUGCAGAGAAAAUUGUUGCUCUUCUGUACAAAGAGGAUUUCAGUCGGUGCUGUGCACUCCAAUGAUACUUUUAAUAAAAUACAACUCUGUGUUAGUUGAACUGA